ACUCACGUGGUCCAUACUUCUGGUUUAUAGUUCAACGUGCAGUCUUGUUUGUGCAUGUGGCGUUAAAUUUGUUGAAUUGUUUUAAAUUUAUGCUAUAAAAGUAAACGUUAUAUACAUUUUCUGUUGUAAAAACAGUGGAAAAAUGUCUGUGUUUAUGGAUCUAAACAUUAUCAGCGGUAAUGAUAAGAACAAACUCAGAAGCAUCGUAGAGACAGCUGCGCACCUUGGCUACUCAACAGUUGCAAUAAACUAUGUGGUGGAACCACAACAGAAGAAACAGGAAAUUCCUAAGCCACAGAGUGUGUCAGACAUAUUUGAUAAAUUCCCAGUAGUGCAGGGCAAAUCUUCUCCCAUCAAAGUACUGAAUCGAUUGACCAUCAUAGCCUCUGAUGCUUCUCAUUUUAGACCAACCAACGAAUACAAAAGCUUUGACCUUGUGGCAGUAUAUCCCAAGACAGAAAAACUAUUUCAUGCAGCCUGCAUGACUUUUGAUGUGGACAUUAUCUGCAUUGCAGUGGCUGAAAAACAGCCCUUCCAUUUUAAAAGGGCUCCAGUUAAUGGGGCUAUUGAGAGGGGAGUUUUCUUUGAGACAUGUUAUGCGGCAGCCAUCAGAGACACUACUACGAGAAGAUACACCAUUGCCAAUGCCAUCAGCCUCAUGGAAGUCUGUAAAGGAAAAAAUAUCAUAGUGUCCAGUGGAGCAGAAAGACCUCUUGAGUUGAGGGGCCCAUAUGACAUUGCCAAUUUAGGGCUUUUGUUCAGCCUGUCUGAGGGAGAUGCCAAAGCUGCUGUUUCUUCUAACUGUCGAUCUGUCUUGCUUCAUGGAGAGACGAGAGCCACUGCAUCUGGUGUUAUUUACACCAUGAAGAAACCAAAAACUCCCCAGAAGCAAGAAGAAGAAUCUCCAUUAUCUAAAAAGGCCAAAACUGAAUUAACAUAGCCAGUAUUCCAGCAUGCAUGUGUUCAUUAUCUUUUUUUUUUUUUUUUAUUGAAGGUUAAUAUUCCCAGAAUCCCCUUUGCUUAGUCUUGCAAUCCACUUUAAAUUGAAAGAAAAUACAGAUAUUAUAAAUGACAUUUAUUUAGUCAAGCUUUAAAGGAAUUGAAAACAGAAUUUUCAGAUACAAUUACAGAUAAAUGAUUAGACUAGUAUAACAUUGCUUAUCAGUUGAGUGCAUUCUGUUAUAAAUUACCAUUUAGAAUAUCAAAAAACACCACCAUGCUCUCACUGAAUCUAAUCUCAGCAGUAGAGCUAUUUCAGACAAUGCAUUUACAUGUGAAGUAAAUGAAUUUACAUUCUUUUCUGCCUUAUUUAUGGUUUAAAUAAAAAGUUAAAGUACUGUGCCUCGAUUUCCAUAACUCUCAUAAAACGUUCACAUAACUUUUCCUAUUUAAAAAAAUUUUUCAUGUCUUGCAGGGCACAGUAGUAUACCUCACUAAGAUAUCAGAUUCUAAUGUGCAGGCAAUCAAAAAAUGCAGGGUUUUGAGUGUAUUCUGCCCAAAGCAGUCCAAUGGUGCUCAUGUAUCGCUUCUAUUUACCAUCCUUAAAGCUGUCAAAGAUUGUUUUAGCUCCAUUCUGCCACUCGCAAGCACUGUCCAUUAGUGACUUUCCCUCCUGGAGAAGACAAACCAACAGUAACGGUAACCAAGCAAAAUUUAUCCUUUACAAAAGUCUUGGCGUAACUACUAAAAAUUAUUUUGGAGAGUUGUUUCAACAUUAGCAAAAGUAAUACGUGUACAUAAGUACCAGAAGAUGGCACUGUGCACAGCUUAAAGUAUCCUAGUGAAAUUUAUUCACAUGUUUAGCACAUUCAUAGUGUCCUGUCCUGACCGCUACAUGAAGGGGGGUGCUGCAGGACGUCAAGUGUGACCGAAAGAGACAGUAUGUCAGACCAAACCAGCUAUAUUAUUAAAGCAGAUUUGCUGCCAAAUAACUGUUUUUACCUCGUCUCUGCAAUCCAGUUUUGCCCCAUGAUUAAGUAGUGCUUCCAGCACAGGCAAACUGCCACUACGACAAGCCCAGCGAACUUCAGUUGCUUGAAGCUAAUUAAGCACAACCGUAAGAUGAUCUGUUGAUAUUAUGCAGAGUAAAGUGCACAGAGUAGAUGCAUGCUACUCCUAAUUUGUUGAACAUAUAUUCAAAGUAUAAUGAACACAUACAAUGACAACAAUUCCAUAAAAACUAAGCGAUUUAGUAUAAUAUUUGUUUUACAAUAAUUUGUUAAAAUAUUAGAAAUAAAAUCAUGUGGUGCAACCAACAUGCGGAAAAAAUGCAAAUGAGAUCAUAGUGAGGACCCUUGCAUAGUUCCAUUACAUGUCAAGAUCAAUAAGGCUCGAAAUUUAUAUUUGUGAAUUCAUUUUGGCAGCUGUGGACUAAUGGUUAGAGAAUUGGACGUGUAACCAAAAGGUUGCAGGUUUGAGUCUCGGUGCUGGCAGGAGUUGUAGGUGGGUGGGGAGUGAAUGAACAGUGCUCUCUUCCACCCUCAAUCCCCAUGGCUGAAGUGCCCUUGGGCAAGACACUGAACCCCCAGUUGCUCCCCGGGCACAGGAUAUAGCUUCACACUGCUCCGGGUGUAUGUUCACGGUGUGUUCACCUCUCACUGCUUUGCAUGAAGUGUGUGUGCACCUGGAUGGGUUAAAUGCAGAGCCUUAAAUGUUACUAUGUUUUGAUUGAUGGUUACACCAGUUGCAUUUUUACUCAUUAAAAUUGUCUUGAAAAUGGUGUAGAACUGUAUAUUUCUAUAUUAUUAGUUGACAUGGAUUUUAAGGUUGCAUUUAAAAUAUUUUCAUUGUCUUUAUCUUGUACGCUCUUCCUCAAGUAUUAAUGUUUUAAUUCAUAAAAAAAAAACAAUGCACAAAUAUAUUGAAGUAUUAUGUAAACAUUACUCAUUACCUUGUCUUUAUUUUCAAUUGAGGCACUGGCAAAAAGUGUAAAGCUGUACGGUUGAAAUAGAAAAAAAAA